AUGCAGGUUGCCUUCUUCCUGGCAUUCCUUGGCCUUGGCCUGGCCGAACGGCAUGUGUCGCUCCACAGGCUGGAUCAGGCCGCCGGCUUUGUUGGGGCGCUGAAGCCUCCAGCGGAAGGCGAGAGCGAGGCGAAGGGCCGCAAGAGCGCCUUCCUGCAGGUUACAGCCCUGGCUCUUUGUGGUGGUGCCUGGUGCGGGAUCGCAAUGAAUGCGUCCAAAGAUAAGGAUAGCCCCACGACUGGAGACUUUGUGAAGUUCCGGAAUGGCAUGCAGGCGCUGGGUGAGGUGCAUUGCCACUCCGACCCGGUGACUUUGAGCUUCAUGAACCCCGAGUUGGAGAAGCUCUACACCUCCAGCAACGCGGAGGUCAUCUGCAAGCGACUGAGGCCGAUCUGUGGGGCAUUGCUUCUGUACGUGCUGAUCGUCUGCGCGUUCUCGGAGCAGCACGAUGGCUCCAUCGUUCUAAAUCCGGCCCUUUUCAAACUGUCUAGCACGGCCAGCAUUGUCUACUGCUUUGCGGCUGCCAUCAUGGUGUUCCUCACCGUGGCCCUGCUGGUGUUCAGCUUUUUCCCAAGCUUCCAGCGGAGCAAGGUCCUGGAGCCGUGCGUUAUCGCCUGGAUAUUUGUCAUCAUCUUGUGCGGCUGGGUAUUCUUCUACCGCUGGACCUUGGCCGCCUUCAACGGACGGGAUCCCGAGCGGGAGUUUGUCUCCAACGGCUUUGAUGGCGAGUACAUUGCCAGCCUUGAGAUUUUUGCUGUCUACUUCUGCAUUCACACGCCUUUGCGCUUCAAGCUGCUGGCUCCCCUGGUGGCGCCCUUGCCCUUUCUCUACUUGGCCACGGUGCUUUGCUUCGGGUCUCCCGAAGGCAUGCAGCAUCACCAACUGCACGUCAUCCAAGGCGAGAAGGUUGGGCAGUUUGACUUCCUUGCAGACGAGCUUGAGCUGUCCUUGCUGAUGGCGCUGCUGCUCUACCUGGUCCUUUGGGGGAAGUACGUGCACGAACGAUCCUCGCGGACCUCUUUCUUAUCCAUGUGGGAGUCCUUCCAGAUGGUACAAGAGCUCAGUGGUCAAGACUCUUCUCAGGCUGCCACAGGCGUGGGCAAGGCCAGCGAGGCUCUGAGGCAGGCGCUGGCGAAGCUGGACGCACUGGCUUCGAUGCAGACUUCGGUGGAGAUCAGCGAAUGCGUGGUCCUGGCCAAGAGCAAAGUGGAGCUCUCACGCCGAAUCCUGCAGCGAGCUGAUCAACUCUUCGAGGUCAACGCAGAGGAUGCGCUCAAAGGCACAGGCCAUGACGACAAUGCGGAGCUGAAGGACUUCAUCUCAGCCAACAUGGGCAACCUUUCGUCCUUCAUCGGCAGCGAAGACUCGAAUGCCAGGAUUUCCAUGGGGGACGAGGACCUUUCAAAGCUGUCCGCAGGCAUCAAAGACUCAGUGAAAGUGCAGGAGGCAGCUGAGCUGGCUCCUGGCUGGGGUGCAGAUUGGAGUUUCAGCGCGUUGGAGUUGGGCUAUGCAACCAAGGACCAUGCCUGCAUUUUCGCGGGCGAGCUGGCGCUGGUGCAGUCAGGCCAUUGCGACAUCCUAGCCAGCAUUGCAUCCAGAAGAGAGUGGGUCCGCGCCAUCCACGCGCGGUACUUGCCAAAUAGCUAUCACAACGAGGCACAUGCGGCGCAGGUGAGCCACUUUUGCUACUGGUUUGCCAAGCAGACCGGAUGGCUGGACAAGGCGAGCCGCGUGCAGAGCUGCGCGCUGCUUGUGGCGGCCUUGGCCCAUGACGUGGGCCACAUCGGCCGCACCAACCUCUUUUGCAUCAAGGCCCAGCACAGCUUCUCGCUGAUUUGGAACGAGGCGGCACCACUGGAGAACAUGCAUGCCGCCACUUGCUUUGCCACCAUGCAGGGAGAUGCCAACGUGCUGGCAGGCAUGGAUGCCGCCACCAGGAGCAAGCUGCGCAAGGCGGUGAUACGGUUCAUUCUGGCCACUGACAUCAAGGAGCAUCAUGCGUCCUUGGCAAAGCUGAAUGGACGGAUGGAAGAUGGCCAGUUCCUGCAGGAGACUUCGGAGUCCAAAGAGGCUGCGGAGAAGCUGGAGGAGGACCUGCUCAUGGCCGGCGAGGCCAUCAUCAAGACGUCAGAUAUCGCUCAUGGCAUGCUGCCCUGGGAACAGCACCGGACCUGGUCGUACCGAGUGAACCUGGAGUUCUUUGAGCAGGGCGAUGAGGAGAAAGCGUUGGGCCUCGCCAUCUCGCCGCUUUGUGACCGGGCCACAUGCAACAUCGCGGGUGGCCAGGCGUUCUUCAUCGGCUGUUUGUGCAAGGACUUGUUCAUAGUGCUGCAGAAGUUUGCCUCCGCAAGGUCAGGCGCGGAGGCGCUGGACGAAUGCCUGGCACUGGGGGAGAGCAACAAGGAUUGCCCCGUGACUCACGAGCAAGGGCCUGGCGGCACUCAGACCGCACUCGCUUUCACAAGUCGAGCCAUGGCGCUGAAGCUGCCGGGGGCGUUGCUGGCAGGCACUGACCAUGGGCUCCGGCUGCGUGCCCAAGCUGUAGGCUCCAGACAGGUAUUUCGAAGACCUUCGCUGCAAGGAGUUGGGCCCAUUGGAGGCCGAAGCGGCCUGGCGCUGGGAGGUUGUGGCAUGCUGGCCUCCCUGAGGUCUCGGGCGUUGCGCCGGAGACGGGGCAUCUCCUCGAUGCGUGCGGAGACGGAGCUGCCGAGACCGGUGCCAGUGAUCCUCCUCAGCGGGUUCCUGGGCACGGGCAAGACCACCCUACUGCGACACUGGCUGGAGAACUCCACAGACCGCGUAGGUGUGGUGGUGAACGAUGUCGCAGCGGUGAACAUCGAUUCGAAGUUGGUGCAGCAGCAGACCUACAACCCCGAGGGGGAGGUGAACGCAAUUCAGCUGCAGAAUGGCUGUGCCUGCUGCUCUUUGGGGGAUGAGCUACUGGUGAGCAUUUUUGACCUCCUGGAGCUGACGACGAAGGACAGGCCCUUCAGCCAGAUCGUGGUGGAGCUGAGCGGGGUUGCCGAGCCAGCGCGAGUCAGGGAGAACUUCGAUCAAGCCAAAGCCACCGGGUACUACGUGGUGAAUGGCAUCGAGCUUAGCAAAGUGGUCACCCUGCUGGAUGCGUCCACUUUCUGCGAGGAGUACAUGGAGUACCAGAGUGUCAUGAACCGGGACGACCUGAUCGAUGGUGACAUGGGCGAGAUGGGCGACUGCUCUGUGGUGGAGCUUUUGGUGGAGCAAACCGAGGCUGCAGACAUCGUGGUCCUCAACAAGACGGACCUGGCCAGUAAGGAGCAGCUUGAGGCGACCCGGGCAGUUGUGGAGGCCAUCAACGACAAGGCCACCAUCAUCGAGACGUCCUAUGGCAAGGUGAGCCUCGACUCCGUGCUCACAGGUGCGGUGGAGAGCCGGGCGCACGAGCACGGCCACGAGGAGCACGGCCACGAGGAGCAUGGCCAUGAAGAGCACGGCCACGCUGAGGAGCAUGGGCACGCGCACAGCCACGCCAGCGACUGCCAUGAUCCGAGCUGUACGGAUGCAAGUCAUGGCCACAGCCAUGGCCACGCCAGCGAUUGCAGCGACCCGAGCUGCACAGAUCCAAGUCAUGGCCAUAGCCACAGCCAUGCCAGCGAUUGCAACGACCCCGACUGCACCGACCCCAGCCAUGGCCACAGCCACGAGCACAGCCAUGGCACUACCACCGCAGAGGACCGCUUUGGCAUCGUGUCCUUUACUUACGCCGCCAGAAGACCGUUCAGCGAAGAGCGGUUUACUCAGGCACUGAAGAAGUGGCCGGUGCCCAAGCAGAGCGACCUGCAGCUGUUUCUGGAUACAGAGGAGCCGAGCAGCGACCAUCCCAUGGCCAACGUGAUCCGCUCCAAAGGCUUCUGCUGGCUGGAGCAGGAGCCCUCCACCCGGAUCUACUGGAGCCACGCAGGAAAGGACAUGAAGCUCUCUUACUCUGGCGUUUGGUGGGGUGCCAUGACCAAGAGCCAGAUCAAGAUCAUGGAGCGCCUUGCUGGGGGCGAGUACGAGCGAGCCCUUCGAGAGGAUUGGGAUGAUGCGUGGGGAGACCGUAGACAAGAAAUCGUCUUCAUCGGCCGAAGGUUAGACGAGGCGGCAAUCCGUGCUUUGCUGGAUGAGUGCCUCCUGACCGAUGAAGAGAUGACUGCCUACGGGAAGCGACAGGAGGUUCAAAGUCCGGAAGGUCAAGCGCCUCAUUGACAAGGGCACCUCAAUCCUACUAGUACAGGGCGAAAGCUGCUUUGGAGACCAGAAAAUGUCGCGUUCCAAAAGCAGAUUUGUUGCCUCAUCCUUAGCGUCAAUCGAGUGGCUCCCUGGCAGGACACUGGCCGCAGGGAGAGCGCAAGCAUCCCAGUUGCGUGAUGGAGGAUGAAAGGCCGCAAAUGCGGCCGAUGAGGUUGGCCCAGUUUCUGGUUGGUGGCUGACGGCACGGAGCCUUCUCAUUUGUGCUGGGCCUCAAAAUUUGCCAAGGGGCCGCUUCAAGGGAAGAGCAG